AUGUCUCUACUCACCAAUUAUGAGGGACUUCGGCAUCAGAUAGAGAGGCUGGUGCGGGAAAACGAGGAACUGAAGAAGCUGGUGCGGCUCAUUCGGGAGAAUCACGAGCUCAAGUCUGCCAUCAAGACGCAGGCAGGCAACUUCAGCAUCAGCGGGUUUUCCAGCGGGCUUGGUGAGGCGGCGGCGGGCCCCUCCCCACACCAGGGAGUCUUCCUUCCCGCAUCCCCAGUGGCAGCAAAGGAGCCAGUCGUGGAAGAAAUGGGGGUGAUGGCUCUGGCUGAAAUGCUGAACAGCCCACAGCUCAGCUCCGCAGCUGGCUCGCUUGUGGCCCCACUGACAGGCCCUGUGCCAAUUGCUAUGCCUCAGAGCAACCAAUUCACCGGCCUCAUGCCCCUGAGCAGCCACCUAACUACCCCCAUUGCAGUUUCCCCUGGAGCCACCCUGGCCAGCUCCCUGGGUCUACCUUCAACUGGCCCCCUGAGCAGCCACCUGGCCAGUCCCAUGGCCUUAACCCCUGGGGCCACCCUGGCCAGCUCCUUGGGUCUGUCAACUGGCUCUCUGACACCAAGCAGCCCUCUAGCAGGGCCCCUGGCUAUGUCUCAGAGCAGCCCCCUCAUGGCUCCCCUGGCGGGCACAGUGGCCGUCUCUCUGAGCAGCCCCCUGCUCUCCUCCACAGCUGCCCCUCUAGGUGUUUCUCAGAACCUUCUGACCAACCCCAUGAACAACUUGGGGUUGUCAGAGGCCCCGAGGAUACGACUAGCAGAGCCACCCCGAGGAAACCCCUCUGGACCCCAUUCCUCAGCUGGUACAGGGUUGGCUGCCACCUCCAAAGUCAAUGACACCAGGAGUGUACGUACAGAACCAUCUCGCAAAAGUGCCCUAGAGAUGGAGCGGAAGAUGACCCACCGUAAGACUAGCAAGUUCUCUGACAGUGCCCGAGAGUCAAAGCAACCAGCCUGGGAGCGGUUGGUGGGCGAGAUCGCCUUCCAGCUGGACCGCAGGAUCCUGUCCGGCAUCUUCCCAGAGCGGGUGCGCCUCUAUGGCUUCACAGUCUCCAACAUUCCAGAGAAGAUAAUCCAGGCCUCCCUGAACCCCAGUAACCACAAGCUGGAUGAAGACCUCUGCCAGACACUCACACAGCGCUACGUGAGCAUCAUGAACAGGCUUCAGAGUCUGGGCUACAACGGACGGGUUCACCCGGCGCUGACAGAGCAGCUGGUGAAUGCCUACGGCAUCUUGCGAGAGCGGCCCGAACUGGCAGCGUCUGAGGGCGGUUCCUACACUGUGGACUUCCUGCAGCGAGUGCUGGUAGAGACUGUGCACCCCAGCAUGCUCACGGAUGCCCUCUUGCUGCUCUCAUGCCUCAACCAGUUGUCACAUGAUGAUGGCAAACCCAUGUUCAUUUGGUAA